UAAACAAGAACUUCAUGUGGAAACGUGUAAACAACUUUUAACAAGGUGAUAAAAAUCGUCCACACGGAUACCAUUGGCAGGGAUAGGAGGUUUUCAGUAAUAACUUUCUUUAAACAGCAUAGCAUUGAUAGCAAUGGAAUUUACACCUGAACAUAUUAGUUCUUUGGCACAUAUGCUGAAACCUCCAGAUGAGGACAGCGAUUCAGACUGCGAACUCGAUCAAAGGCCUACAUCAUAUGGUAAAAUGGGACCAGGAGAGAUAGGUCCAUCCACUCAGAAAAAUCAAAAAUCAGAGAAAGUGCCAGAAUCCAAAGGAAAUCCUAAAGAUAUUUGGGGAGAUGAUGAAGUCCCAGAAGGAUCUGAAUUUGACACGACCUUUGACCCUCGACCUCAGCCAGAGUAUGAUAUUGUCUUCAAGCAAGCAGUUUCCUCAGAGGACAUGUUCCUUCAGAUGGGGAACAAAACCCCAUCAACAGCUAGCUGUGAAGACAUGGUGAUAAAAAUUAAAUUACCUGAUACCAAAGCUGCUGAUCUCACCUUAGAUGUUAAAACAAAAUUUCUUGACCUUCGAACUCCAAAAUAUAAACUCGGACUACAUUUGCCUCAUCCCGUCAAUCAUAAAACCGGAAAAGCCCAGUGGGACGGUGACAAGAAUAUCCUUAACGUCACGUUACGCAUGCAGAGAGAAUACGACUUUAUCAACUUUUAACCUUAGGAUUUAAAUGGAAAACUUUGUGUUCAGUCUUUUUUGUGUUGAAUUAUCCGUCCACCUU